AUGGCCUUACGCAAUGGCUCUGUCAUCCCUGGUCCUGGCUACUCUCAUAAUCCAUCCAAUAGGGAGGAGCAACCGUCGUCGGCGACUAUUCCGCGGCUGCCCCAGCUAAAGCGACCUGAACGACGAGGAGAAUCGCCGGCGACUGUCAAAACCGUGCCUAAAAACACGGAAAUCGCGAUCGGUCAAUCUAAACAUCCGCAGUUUCUGAAAUCAAUCGACGAUUUAGCUGCGUUCUCAGCUGCAGUGGACGCCUUCAAACGCCAGUACGAUGACUUGCAGAAGCACAUGGAUUAUAUCGAGAACGCUAUUGAAUCCAAUCUCAAGAGUAACGCCACCGCCAUCGCCGCCUCUUCCUCCCACUCACCGGUGUCGCCUCCUUCUGAAAAAACCACCGCAAUUGUGUGCCAAUCGCCUCCUAAAGAGACUCCUGAGACAGCACCGGAGAUGCCGACUAUGUCGGAGGCAGAACGAUUGUGCGAGUCGAUGUGUAGCAAAGGCCUGCGGAGAUACAUAUACACGAAUAUCUCCCACCGAGCUAAGCUAAUGGAAGAGAUUCCUGCAGCUUUGAAGCUAGCGAAGGAGCCAGAGAAGUUGGUAUUGGAAUGCAUUGGGAAGUUUUACUUGCAAGGGCGCAAAGCAUUUGCCCAUAAUUCGGCUAUGAUCCCUGCGAGACAAGCUUCCCUUCUCAUCCUGGAGUGUUUUCUUCUGAUGCUUGAUCCUGGUGAAGAGAAGAAGAAGCUCAAGCUGAAGAUUGAGUCCUCUAUAAAGGAGGACGCCGAGGCUGCUGCUUUUGCGUGGAAGAGAAGACUGACGAAUGAAGGAGGAGUUGCUACAGCAGAGGCAGUUGACGCAAGGGGUUUGCUUCUGCUGAUUGCUUGUUUUGGUGUUCCUUCAAGCUUUACUAAUAUGGAUUUGCUGGAUUUGAUACGGCAGAGUGGUACUGCUGAGAUUUCGGCUGCUCUAAAGCGGUCACCUUUUCUUGUCACUAUACUUUCAGGUAUAGUUGAUUCAAGUAUGAAGCGUAGAUUGCCUAUUGAAGCGUUGGAGAUGGUUUACACCUUUGGGAUGGAGGAUAUGUUUUCAGCUUCUUCACUUCUAACUCCAUUCCUAAAGACGAGCAAGGAGUCAUUUGACAAGGCGAAACGGAAAGCUCACUCACCUCAAGCAUUUAAAGAGGCGAUUGAGAAACAUUUAGCCGUGCUGUUAUCGGUGAUGCAGUGUUUGGAGACUCACAAGUUAGACCCUGCGAAAGAAAUACCAGGGUGGCAGAUCAAAGAGCAGAUGGUGAAGCAUGAGAAAGACAUCCUUCAGCUCGACAUACAGAUUGAGGAAGAAAGAUCCAACAGGUUAAUGGAGGAAGUGGCACAAACCAAGAGACUGUAUGACCAACAGAUGAAACGUCCGAGGUUGUCAGACAUUGAAAUGCCACCAGCACCAACAGCUUCCUCAUCUUAUUCUCCUAUUUACCAUAGUAAUCGGAUCUUUCCUAGUCACAAAGACGACGACAAAGACGAAAUAUCAGCUCUUGUGAGUAGUUACCUCGGCCCGUCAUCGUCUUUUCCUCAUCGCUUGAAUCACAGGAGUUCACCGGAAUAUAUGGUUUCUCCGACUGGUGGGUUAGGAAGAAGUGUAUAUACGAACUCUUACUCUCCGGUUCCAAGAAGACACUCUCCGGUUCACGGACAGAGACUUCCUCGUGAGUACUCUUCUCCGGUUCAUGGGCAACAGCAAAUACCAUACGGUCUACAAAGGGCUUACAGAGAUUCACCACCAGUAGAAAGAUACCAUCACAGGUCUCCUAGUAACUCAUCACAAGACCACAUAGGAGGAAUGUAA